UCCCCCUCUCUGUUCAUUCCGGCCUGAGUGGAUCGGGACUAUUACACCUUUGCUCUCUCUCUGUUCUGGUUGUGUGGAUCUGGACCAUUGGAUCAUGUGCAGCUGCAGUUUUCUGUCUGUGUCCCUGAGUGGAGUGUCCAUGAUCCUGCUGCUGAUGGCGGGCUGUGAGACAGAGCAGUUAGACUUCACCCCACCUCCAGACUACGACUACAGCGCCACCUUCAACUAUAGCUUCUACAGCAACGCCAGCGAUGAGGACUUGGACAAGUUCAGCGAACGAUUUAUUGUAGAGGAGACUGCUACCGUGGAAACCAGCGGAGAAACUACAGAGAGCGAUGCUGUAUCACUUCAGCCGUCUCAGGAAAUCUGGAUGUUCGUCUGGACCCUAAUGAUCCUGAAUCUGCAGCAGCUGCAACAAACACUAUGAGACUCACAGGUCUCCGACUCGUCAUGCUCCCCGUGUGUCCAGCAGGAGGCGCUGUAUUGUCACUGGCUGCUCAUUCUGUUUAAUGAAGCAGCAGCUGACAACAGUAUUUCUGCAUGUAGUCAUACUUUUCAUGGUUCAUUUUGUGAUUAGCUGUUGUCAGUUUGAUCCUGCAGAAACCAGUGAAGGUCGCCUGAUCUGAUGCAGGAGGAGUCAGUGCCUCCUGUGACCUUUGACCCCAGCAGAGAGCCACACCUGCUGAAUAUUUGGUGGAGCUCAGCCAAUCACAACUUUCCUUAGUUAACUUGUCAUCACCUCUCUCCACAUGUAAAGUCCAAAUGGAGGGAACCACACAGUGAAACAGGUCUGAACAUUCAGACUGAUGCUGUGGCACUUUCUGUUUUAAUAAUGCAUUAAAUCGUCCUCAGUUUGAGACAUUAUCACGGUGCCUCACAGAGCUUAUCUUACUGUAGUUGAGGUGAUCUAGAUCAAUCUAUCUGAGAUCUGAGAUCAGUGUGAUCCCUCUUGCUUUGGCCAGUUCCAGAUUGUUCUGAGGAGUUUUGGAAGAUAAAUACCAUGAGGUGAUAUGAUUCUGAUUGUCAAAUUAAAAGUCUGAUAAAUAUGGAGUCUUGUCAAACUUCAAGUCCUGCCCAAACAUUGUAUAAGAUGUUAAAUUAUGUUUUCCUGUGGGUAAAUUGUUUUAUUAUAUCAUGAGAAUGUUAAAAUUAACUAUUUACAUUGAAACAUUGUGGUUCUAUCACUUUAAUAUUUGUUGUCUUGCAAUGAAAAGCAUGAAAUGUUAUUUUGUUGUGGAUAAUUGAUGACUAUGCUGCGCAAGUCAAAGCAGGUGUCAGUCGCCCAGUGAGAGCUGGAUUAGUUUAUGUGACUGAACCUGAGGCUGCCACACAAGCUAUGAAGGAAAGAAGCCGGAGGAAAUGGACUAAAUAUGACCCGUGGACUGUAACAUGUUAAAUGCUGAGGAUCCCGUCUAAACGUUGAACUAUGUCCAUAUUACUAGUCCUUUUCCUGUUCUGUAAUUUUUAACAUAUUGUGAGUUUAAUCAGUGGUUCCGUGAUAAUUCAACAGGUCCAAUUAGCGUCUGCUUCUGAUCCAACUAACUGAAUAAACCAGUAUGACCCACUGA